UCCGGUGAACGCUGUCAAGUCGAACGACCUCAACAGCAGAAAUGUGAAGUCAGUCGCCUUUUAGCGCUUUUAACACACCGUUAGCGACGUCCCUCGGGUCUGUGUCUUUAGACUGUGCUCUGAACGUCAACAACACCGCCAUGUGAACCUGAAGGAUACGUGAAGGCAUAUUUAUGUAAAUAUGAGGAUGCAUCUUUCAGGUCAAAAAACAUUGGACCUCCCAGAUGUCAGCCUCCUUGAGCAGAAACCAUGACUUUUAGAUGGGUUCCAGAUUCAUACGUACAGUCCCUGAACAGGGCUGUAUACUUGUGGCACACGCAAGGCCAGUGUGUUGUGAACGUCUCUUUCCAUCCACUAUGUAAUCCACCCUGUCGACUUCAUGUCAAAAGGCCCUUCAGCUACAGAGAAAGCUACCAUAUAUGGAAGCACGUCCACAUCCAGAAGAGCACAAUUUGGAAGGUGUGUCCCUGCAAAGCCAGCUCCCUCAGGCAUAAAAUUCUGCUGUACACCAGGAUUUCCAAUUUCAGUACCUCAACCUGUCUUGGGUCCACUGACCUGAGCCAUCGCAUGUCACGACUGAAGAGCACUUUGGAGUCUGUCUCAAAAGCUGUGAGUGGGACACAAGCAGAGAUUUCCUCCAAGAUAGCACGGCUUAAACGCAGUGCCAGCCAGGAGGAGAGAAAGAGUAACACAAGUGAAGAGGCAGCACCCCUAAAGGAUCAGAAAAAUGGAUCAGCUUUGGCAGCUACACCUACACUUGUACCUCAGCCUUCAUCAUUGGCUCCAACCUCACCUGCAAGCUCCACCCCAGAUCUUCCAGAAACACCGUCUGUCCCAUAUCAAUACGUCCAGGAUCAAAGGGAACUGAAAAACAAGAGAUCUGUGGGUCAUACCUCAAAAGUGAGUGGAACAGACACUGUCAAAUCUUCUCAGGCUAAAUUAGGAGAACCUGUAUCUCACACUGGAAGCUCCACUGCAUCUAAGCAGGGAACUCCACUCUUCCACCCAGGUUCUUUCAGUGUCAAUCUUGGCGAAACCUACAACUACGUGGCCCAUCAUAUCAAUACUUAUUUUAGCAGCCCUACUAAGAAACAAGAGAAACAAAAAGAGGCCAAGGACUGCAUUGACCAGCCAUCCCCUUCCAUGCUUGACCAGUGCCAAAAGAGCAGUGACAUGGAACCUGCCCAUGUAAAGGGCCAGGCAGCAACAUCUGCAGCUCUCCUGGACCCAGGGGCUCCUUCUUCUCCCAAAAAGAGCCUUGGACAUUACCUAGGAUACUCUGCACCUACAGUCCAGGCCUUUGUAGGGAGUUACAUUACUCCUCUUGUUCCUAAAUUUAGGACAGAAUCAAAAAGUACACUUCCAGAAACAGAUAAGCUCCUUCCUCCUGAGGAUCCUGCUUCAAAACAGAAGGAAUCAGCAGAGAUUAAAGAGCAGAAAUCUGCAGAGGAAAAGGCCAGGAGAUUGCUGCUUCAAAGAGAGAAGAUCAUUGCGCGGGUGAGUGUGGAUAAUCGAACACGAGCGCUGGUGCAAGCCCUCCACAGAGCAUCGGACGUGAGGCUUUAUAUCAGCAGAGUAGAGGAUCUGAGUUACCACUUGAUGGAGUUCCCUGAGACCAGGCUAGUGGCUGUCAAGGAGAAGGUGAUUCCAUGUCUUCUGCGCCUGCGGCAAGCCAGUGAUCCAUCUCUAAAGGCAGCGGUCAGAGAGGCCCUUACCCUGGUGGGCUACAUUGACCCUGUCAAGAACAGAGGAAUACGCAUAUUGUCCAUUGAUGGAGGGGGCACAAGGGGACUGGUGGCCCUUCAGACUUUACAAAAGCUGGAAGAGCUGUCAGGAAAAUCCGUUUACCAGCUCUUUGAUUACAUUUGUGGUGUGAGCACAGGUGCUAUAUUAGGUUUCAUGCUGGGUGUUUUCCGUAUCCAUGUAAGUGAAUGUGAGGAGCUGUACAGGAAGUUGAGUUCUGAUGUGUUUAAGCAGAAUGUCAUCGUGGGUACAGUGAAAAUGGGCUGGAGUCACGCCUUCUACGACAGCGAGGUCUGGGAGAAACUUCUGAAAGAAAAAAUUGGCUCUGAUCUUAUGGUUGAAACAUCAAGAAACCCUGAUUGUCCCAAGGUGGCAGCAGUGAGUACAGUGGUAAAUAAGGGCACUCCAUUGAAAGCAUACGUCUUUAGGAACUACAACUUGCCACCUGGUGUGCGUUCCCACUAUCGAGGUGGCUCCCAACACAAGAUGUGGGAGGCCAUCAGAGCUUCCUCAGCUGCUCCUGGGUACUUUCAGGAAUUUGCACUGGGCACUGACCUGCACCAGGAUGGCGGUUUGCUGGUAAACAAUCCAACAGCUCUGGCAAUCCAUGAGUGCCAGUGUCUGUGGCCAGGUUCCCCUCUUCAGUGUGUGGUCUCUCUUGGUACAGGGCGCUUUGAGGCUCCCAGCAAAAACGCCUCCACCUACACGAGCCUGAAGACCAAACUGACCAACGUCAUCAGCAGUGCUACAGACACAGAGGAGGUGCACACCAUGCUGGAUGCCCUGCUGCCUCCCCACACGUAUUUCCGCUUUAACCCAUAUAUGAGUGAGGAUGUGGCUCUGGAUGAGAGCCGCAGUGAGAAACUGAACCAGUUGCAAGCAGAGGGGGUGUGUUAUCUGGAGCGCAACGAGGAGAAGCUGCAGCGAGCCGUCCGCACACUCAUGCGAGAGAAAAGCUCGACUCAGAAGCUGAUUGAGUGGGUCCGCCUCAAAGCACACAUGUAUGAUGGCCUUUCAGGCUUUUCAAAACUGUAGGGAUGCGUGGCUGCUGUUUCGACAAUCAUGGCACAUGCCUCAGAGCUUACAUUUAUUGAUAAAGCAUGUUCUGAUACUUCCUCUAGGGUCACUCAUUACUGCGCUAGAGGAUUAGAAUAGUGUCCUGUUCAAACAUUGAAAUUCCCUAACUCUAAAAUUCAGAGGAACUGAAGUAAGAAUUAUGGUUCUUCGUAGGACAGGCAAUGCAUUAUCAAUCCUCACGCUUAAAAGAGAAUCCCCCAGAUAAUAUAUAAUACUUUAGUUUUGUUAGGUUAUGUAAACCAUAGGGCUUCCAAAUGGCUUAGAAAUAUCAAUAAGAACAUCAAUGUUUGGUCUAUUUUUGUAGCUUAUUAAAAAAAUCAUCAUAAGCAAAAGAACAUCUUUAGAAAUGAGUAUUUGUGACGAUAAGUCAGUAACACUAAUGUAAGGACUCUGGCCAGUUUUUAAGGAUCUUUUAAUGAUUUUUAAACAUAGACUGUCUGAUGUAUGGUAACUGCUUCAUCCAAAAGCUUGUACAGAAUGUUUUGAGGUCUAGAAGGUCCAGUGGUGGGGAACUCCAGUCCUGCAGGGACAGAUUUGUGCAGUUCGGUGUUUUUCUUGCUCAAAUACACUUCAAGUGAUUAGUUCAUUGACAAGUUUAUUUGGUGUGACAUAGCAGGGAAAUCAGGAAACUUGUCUGGACUGUUUCCCACCCCUUAUCUAGGAGCAAAUGAUUUCAAAAUGAGCCUAAGAAGAAAGAUGAGGUCUGCAUUACAUUGUGAGUUUUUGGUAGAAGCUGCAAUGACGCCGCAAGUAAAAUGUGCCUAAAAUUUACUUGAAUGGGAAAGGACCCAAUUAGCUUCCAAUAGCGGUUAAUAUCAGUUGAAUUUCACACUGAAUUCAUCUAGGUGAACUUCAGCGCAGUUUAUGAAUUUCAUAAGUGAGUGGGCAGCCUGUGUUAUUUUCUUUCCAGAAAAAAAAGAAAUGGAGAAACUGCUCCUUGGUCUAUAUAACGUUGCUUAUUACACAAAAAAACGAAUUUGUGAACUAGCCAAUGUUAGGUAUUCCCUGAAAUAUACAUUCUGUACAAAACCAGAUCACAUCAAAACUUCCCAUACAUUCUUUAUUUUUGCUCCACUCCGGUGAAGAAAUUUGUAAAGCAGCAGUUUGGUGUGAUCGUAGUAGAAUAUACUAAUUCCCCUCAUUGGCCCUAAUUCAUCAGUGAUUGUAAAAUUGAUUGUAAAAUAAGUGCAUGCAAAUUUCACAAACAGUCAUGCUAUUCAUCGUUUUACUUUACCAUAUCUGUACGAUCAAACACAGAUCUAGUAGGGGUGUUAAUACAUUGUGUUAAUACAUUGUGUUAAAGAACCUGAAAUGAAUGCUUUAUUUGUGGUUAACUAACUAAAACAAUUAUCAUUAUCAUCUAUAAUAUGAUUAUAUAUUAUAUAAUUAUGAUAAAAAUAGAAAAUAACAAUAAUGCUCAUAAUUUGUGUACAUCGAAAAAAAAAAUAAAUAAAACACAACUAGUGCAGAAGCAUCUCAUACACUGCAAUAAUACAGUGUUAUUUUAGGAAAAUAAAUCACACUACAUAAUCACAACAUUCCACCAUCUUACAACCAACUAUUUUGUUUAUUUCACCCUUUAUUCUUUUCUGUCAUUUUAACACUAUAAAGUUUGUUCAGGGAUGCGGGGUGCAAAGGGUUUGUGCACUCAUUGGCCUGUGAGCUGCUGAAUGCUGUUGUUUUAUUUGCUGCUUACCAGAACAUCUGCAUGAAUUGUGCAUGCAUUAUGUAAAUGAUAUGUAAAUGAGCUAUUUGUAGGCUGGUACUUGAUUUCACGCACCAAGGCUGAUUCACCAUUUGUAUCCACGUCCUGCAGAGUAGUUCAUACGUCAUUAAAAGCAAAUCUGUUUUUUUUUUGUUUUUUUUUUAAAGCGAUUUUCAGUAAAUAAGGGCAAGAGACCUUACUAAAUAAGGUCAAAUGUCUCUACAGUGUACACUUUAGAGCAGGGGUGCACAGCUCCAGUCUGUCAAGUGCCAGUGCAGUGUUCUGCAGUUAGGUAGUUUACCUACUCAAACACACCCACUAAACCUGCCAAAUAACAGAGGAGUGGGAUCAGGUGUUUCAGCAGCAAGAGCUGUGCACCCCAGCUAUACAUUGUAAGGCUCACUUUUACGCUAUAUUACCCAGGUAGGGGCUGGUUUGUCCUCAUAACAUGGGUUACAGUGAAUGCCCAAAUAAUCUCUAAAAAUACUAGAAAUAACAGAAGGAGAAACUUGUGAGUUUUAGUUUGAUUGCUGUCAUCAUUUAAAGAAUCUGAAAGUGAUUGAGAGGUGUAUGUUUGAUGAGAGUUUUUAGAAAAGCCUCACUGUUGUAUAAAAAGCUUGCAUGCCUUCAAAUAGAGAUGCAUAAAGCAUAAUUUAAUAAGCUUGUAUUUGCACAAAAAAUAUAACUGAGUGUGCACCAGUUCUCCUUCAGAAGCUAUUUAAUAAAAGUAAUCUUAGAAUAAAAGCUUGCUUUUAUACUUGCAAGUUUUGUACCAUGUAUAUUCCUUUGUAGUUAAAAUACUACAAUUGAUUUUGAGUAUAUGUGCACACAUUUUGCCGCUAAAUUUGUAAUGAUCGUUCUUAUAAUACACUUUGUCAGAUACGUCUGUUUGUUAUCUUCUUUGAUGUGAGCAUCUAUUUAUUUUAUGUUUAUAAAUUCCAGUCAUUUGCUGUGGCUGCAAAUUGAAUGAUUCAUUCAUUACUUCAGGAUACGUUUGAUAAGAGGUACCAGUCAGUUUUACUCUGUGUAUACUUCUACUUCUUUUAAGUUUUCAAUAGGAAGCAUUCAGUUUCCUGAUGACUGAAGCUGGGAAGUCGUUUUACAUGGCAAAAUCAGUUUCAGUGCAUUUUACAUAACCACAACAACCUCACAUUUAUUAACAUUUACAGAGCUUCAGUCAUUUCUUUACUGAUCUGUGGUGAGUGACCUAGUCUACCGUUGGUCAUCUUUUAUCUGCUUCCAAUUUGUGCAGAUGUGAAAACAAUACAUUUUAGAUUGGUCACCUGUGUGCAUACAUUUAUUUAGAGUAUGUCAGAAUCAUGCCUCACAGAUUGUCACCUCCUGUUCUUUUAUGUUAGAACUUUUGUUUUGCUGGAGCUUUUUUAUCCGCUCUCUUUUUGAGAUUGAGCGUUUUAAUACAAAGACAAACUGUUUCAAUGCAGUUAUGCAAAGUAGGGUGUUACUCAUAGCAGUAGAAGAGCAGUUGAGAACUACGCACUUCUGCUUCAAAGUGCAACUUUAAUUCUACCUGCCAUGCUACAUUUAAAUGUUGCACCCAGGCUUCAUUAGAUGUUCAUAGAUUGUGUUUGAGUGGUGACUGAAGCUGGUUUGAUAGCUAAGAGGGCUGCAUUUGCCAUACUGUAGAAAGUUAUUAUAGAUAAUUUCUCUGGAUUGGUAGUGUGAGUGAUGCAGUAUAUUUCAUUGAAGGGAAGUAAAGCACUGAAAUUGUUAGAAAAAGGCUGCAGUGUUGAGUUGAUAUGUAAUAGGACUGAACAUGAACUUGAAGUAAAACUUCUGUAGAGAGGUUUCUAAUAGCUAAUUCUAGAUGCACAUAGAGCAUUAUUACAACAAAAGGAAUUUACACGCAUAGCGGUAUUUCAGUUUUAAGCUUGGAUGUUUUUGAGGGCACAAUUGAAAAGGCAUAUGCAAUUAAUCUUAUGUAAAUAUUUAAGACUGAAAAAAGCUUGUGGAUUGUAAAACAUUACCUUAUAUGUUUUGUCUGGUGUCUUUGUAUGUACUUUUAAAAGUGAUGCCAUUAUUCUUUUUUUGUCCAUCAGUGAUGCAGUUCUCACCUUUUUGUUCUUCCUAUUGCACUGUGUGCCAUAGUUCUCCUGCUUCUCUCUGCGCACUGCUGUGUGUGUGCUGUGUUCCUUAUUCACCCAUGUUCCCGUGCCUGAAAGAAGUUAUGUCUGCUGCUCAUUUUCUUGGAAUGAUCUUCUGGUCUUAUUUAUAGAGCAUCUCACUACAGAAAUAUAAUAGAUCUGUAUCAGCUUAAGUAAAAAAAGCGAUACUAAACUUGACACCUACCUGAAAUGGUAUAAAACCCUUGAGAUGCCUUAUGAGUAAGACUCUGUUAGUGGGGUGAAAAAUCCAGGAAUGUCAAAACAGUACUGUUAUCAUGUGGCAUCUUCUACUUAGAAUUGAAAAAAAUGAUUGUGUAAAACAUUGAAGUUUGAUUAAUUUUUAUUAUCCAGGUUGUUUUUACCCUGCAGCCUAUUGGUCAUGAGGAAAGAGUGAUAUGUAAUAAAAAUGUAUUUCAUCCA